AUGGCAAAUGUUGUGGAACUGAGAGAGAUUAAACACUACAAAGAGCGUUUAUCAACACCUGUUCGUGAUUACAAAGAAUUAUAUCGGUUUCAAGAGGAAAAUGUGCAAUGGCUUGCUAACAGAUUUUUGGGAAUAAAUAAUGCUGAAACUCGAGGAGGUGCGUUAUCAUCCGUCCUAAAAAUGCAGAUAUGUUUACGCUAUCUCAGAGAUACUGGGUAUCAGAGAGGCAUUGGUCAAGAACUGGGUGUAAGUCAAGCUACAGUAUCUCGUACAGUGACUGCCGUAAUUGACAGCAUAGUGGCGCAAUCAAAUUACUGGAUAAAGUUUCCGUCUACGAACAAUGCACUUAUGGAUGCCAAACAGUUAUGGCAAAGCAAAUAUAGGUUUCCAACAGCAAUUGGCGUAGUUGACUGUACUCACGUAGGAAUUCUGAAACCAAAUCGCCAUGGUGAUGAGUAUGUCAACCGGAAAGAUUAUCCUUCACUGAAUGUGAUGCAAGAGAAAUGUUCACUAGUACCGACGUUAGUUGGCCUGGUUCGGUCCACGAUUCAAGAAUAUGGUGAAAUUCACAAAUAA